AUGGCUCUCCAACACCAUCACCACCAUGAUCCAACCAACCAAGGCAUGUUCAGUGCUCCUCAUGAUCCGGAAACCAGCGAUGACCAUGCCAUCGUCGGCCCCCCACUGCAGAGCGACGAGGCCAAAGUCUUGAAGAGCUUGAUCUAUCCCGACGACACCUACACCUCCGAGGGAACAUAUUGGGCAGACCUCCCAUUUGGCAAACAAUUGGCCUUUAAUGCUAAGGUCGACAGGGCUGAAGCUGCGAAGGAAUUGCGAUCCACCGGAUAUAUGAUCAAAGAGGAUCCCCUGAGCCCAGUUGCUUGGUACUUCAAGAAUGCAGUUCUGCCAGGUGCUGGGUUGGGCCUCGAAGGUUACGUUCUUUUCUCCAUCGGAAACGUGACACCUCUUUUCGCUGCGGUAUGGCCUAGUUGCUGGAAAAACUACACAGUAUGUACAAAGACAUGGGUCGAUGCAAUCUCAUACCUCGAGAUUUCCGGCAUUAUCGUUGGUCAAAUCAUCGUCGGAUUUCUUGGUGAUGGAAUCGGUCGUCGUUGGGGUCUGAUCCAGGAUGCCAUUGUCAUGUUCAUCGGCCUGCUCAUGCUCGUAGCUUCCUGGGGUACUAGUUUGAAUGGCUGGGUUAUUUGUUACGCCUGGGCUUUAUUCUUCUAUGGUAUUGGCGUAGGAGGAGAAUAUCCUAUGACCGCUACUGCUGCUAUGGAGAAUGCCACUGGAUCUGGGAAGGUCUCUACCAAAGAAGAUCGUCUUCAUCGUGGCCGCAAGGUCACUAUGGCAUUCUUGAUGCAAGGUUGGGGUCAAUUCUUUAACCAGUCGCUUCUUAUCGUUCUGCUCCUCAUCUUCCAUCACGGAAGUGGAAAUCCACCAUACUCAGCUGUUGCGGCUCAAUGGAUAUUCCGUGUCUCCUUUGCCAUCCCGGCUCUUGGUACACUUUGGCUGGUCUACUACCGUUAUUACAAGAUGCCACUUGCAUCCAAAACCCUCAAUGCCGUCAAGAAGAAGGCACGUGUUACCGGUUACGACGUUCAAUCCUUGAACUUGACCUGCAAACACUUUGGUGGCCGUUUGAUUGCGACCGCUGGAGCCUGGUACGCUAAUGAUGUCUUCUUCUACGGCAAUAAACUGUUCCAAAGCCAAUUUAUAGCCGUUAUCUCCCCCGGCAACAAAUCAGUCAUGACCGGCUGGCUAUGGAACUUGGUCAAUGUUGGCGUGUCUCUUUGCGGCUACUACCUCGCUUCGUUCCUCAUCGAUAACAAAUUCAUUGGACGAAAGAGGUUGCAGCAACUUGGCUUCCUAAUGGACUUCGUCCUUUUCGUCGUUCCAGGCUGGGACUACUCUUACUAUACCACGAAGGCUCACAUUGGUGCUUUCCAGACCAUGUACUUUUUGUCAUCCUUCUUCAACCAAUUUGGACCCAAUAGUACCACUUUCCUCGUCGCCGCUGAGGUCUACCCUACACCCGUUCGUGCCACCGCUCAUGGCGUCUCUGCCGCAGCCGGGAAAUUGGGAGCACUUACGGCAGCAAUCGUAUUUACCUAUACCGAUAUCGUAGAAAAAUUCCAUUUCGUUCCGUGGUUUGGACUAGCCGGUAUGAUCGUUACCUUCAUCUUCCUCCCCGAUACCACCGGUCUCGAUCUCAAGGAGCAAGAACGGCGAUUCGAAUAUAUCCGCGCAGGACGCGAACAAGAGUACCACGGCAUCGCCGUCCACCCUCACCAUCUUUCUGUCUGGGAACGUUUUCGUGGCGCGGGCAAGUCCUAUAACCCUGAACUUGACUACAUAGACAAGGUCAAGGAUAUACGCGAGGAAUGGACCAACAGACAAGCUGAGAAGGUUGCAUCAGACGAUCUUAUUGUAUUUGAUGACGAAUAUCCUUCAGAAAUUCAUGAGUACUUUGUUAGGACGUCUAGUGUGCCGGUUGUUCAGAAGAAGAACACUCCGCUAGGCGGUGGAGUAGAUAGCGACGAGACUGGCAACGAGACUGGCAAUGAGAAGAAUGAGAAGGCUAAUCGUUAG